CAGUGGACUAGCCAAAAUUGCAUUCAGUUUUAAUUUCACCAUGAAAAUGGAACAUUGUAAAAUAUUUUUGUCCCUUGUGAUACUAAAUGCAUGUGUAUCCCAGAACAAAAAUUUGGUCUUGGGCAGUCACAUUCUCUUUCUGCACACUUGCACAAGCUAUUCCCACCGCGUAAGUUCAUGGCCAUUCAUCGAAGCCCUGAUCGCAAAAGGUCAUCAGGUCACGUUCAUAGGUCCCUACGAGGCUAAAAUACCGAAUAAAAAUGUGACCGAUAUUGUCCCGAAACGUCUCAACGCCCUGCUCAAUGAACUCAUCAGCUCAAACUUUGACGUCACUCACCGAGCUUAUGGUCUCACCCCUAAAUUUGUGAUGGUCUACGACUACAUGUGCUACACGGCUUGUAGCGAAAUGCUGCAAAGUGAAGAGAUCCAGAGUUGGCUGAAGUCUGAGCCACAAAUUGAUCUAAUUUAUUCAGACACAGUCACAGAGUGCUCGUACGGAUUGGCUACUAAAUUUAAGGCCAAACACGGUCUUAUCUUGCCUGUUACUUUCCUUUCAAAGUAUUUUGAUGCUUAUGGUGUUCCAUUGGAAACAUCGACAAUUCCAGAUUGGGAUGUCACCUACAAACCUCCGUUGUCAUUUUUGGGACGAGCGACAGGGGUCAUAAUACCGUUAGUGUGGCGUCUGAGCCAGAUUCUGUACUAUCCAUGGUACAAAACCCUCUUUGAGAAAUAUCUAGGCUUGGAUAAUAUCUCAUCUUUGGACGAUUUUCAAGCAAACACGAGUCUAGUUUUAAUCAAUGGGGAUUUCAUUGAAGAUUAUCCCAGAUCACUUCCUCCCAAUGUGGUCAAAGUGCCUGGACUCCAUGUGAAAGCUAGGAAUGGGUUGAAUAAUAAACCUGUGAACAAGGAACUGGAAGCAUUCAUAUCCACCAAAGUGAAUGGAACCCCAAGUCAAGGAUUCUUUUAUAUUAGUUUCGGAACCGUUGCGAAAGGACCUAAUUUGCCACUCGAAAUUAGAAACAAGAUUUUUAAAACUAUCGAAUCCUUUCCAAAAUUGCGAUUUAUUUGGAGAUGGGAUGGACCUAAUCCUGAUGAUUAUCCGAAAAACUUACUAUUCCAAAAGUGGGUCGAGCAGGAAGACUUGUUGGGCCAUCCCAAAAUUAAGGGUUUCAUUACACAAGCUGGACGUCCAAGUAUGAUGGAAGCUUUUUAUAACGGUGUUCCAACAAUUACGUUUCCAAUACUUGGAGAUCAAGAUUUUAAUGCCCAUCGAUUCGAAACGCUUGGCAUUUCUAUCAAUUUGGAGAUCGGGGAUUUCACGCAGGAAGAUCUCACAGCUGCAAUUUCCAAGCUUGUCCAAGAUACCAGAUAUGCUAACAAGGCCAAAAAUUUAGCUGACUUUGCAAAGGACACUCAGUUUUCUCCCAUCGAUACAGCAAUUUGGUGGACAGAAUUUAUAUUGAGAAGUAGUCCAGAAAAUCUAGCCCUUUUGACCCCGUUGGGUAAAAGCAUUUUCUGGUUUCAACGGCGAGACUUGGAUGUCUGGUUAUUUUUUGGUGUCAUAGGUUUAAUUUGGGUAAAAGUGGGCAACGCCAUUCUCAUGUUUCUGUACAGAAAAGUGUGUACUAGGAAAGCUGCCACGAACUCGCGCAUUUCAAAAAAAGAUAAAUCUUCUUAAUGAAAGUAUUGGAUAUGACCGAAUUAUCAAAGCUGUAGCUUAUAAAAUGCUUCUAUGCUAAAUGUAUUUAUGCACCACUGAAAUACAAUGACGUCAGAUGUUCAGCGUGUCGAUAUCGUGCAGGAUGAAAGAUCAUUUUCAUGCAACUGUAGAAAAUAUGCAAUGCUAACCAUGAAUGUAAAUUUGAAAUAAAUACAAGAAUGCACAGGUUAA